AUGUACACAGAUGAUCAGCACCCGUGGCGACCUCCUGCAAACCAGGAGCGCCUGGCUCCAGAGCGCUUCACGGAGGAGGACAAUCAUCACUACAGCCAUUUGCCAUGUGGGGAAACUGAGGCACUGACAGAUACGAGCGGCAGCCGGCCGUGCCCGCAGCCGGACUUCAGCGGGGGGCCGGGCUGCUCCUGCCCCUGGCCGGCCCCCGGCGAGGUUUCCAGGGAGAGCGGGGCCGCCGUCUGCGCCGCGGAGCCGCCGCUGCACGGCCAGGGCCGGCGGGAGGCUCGGCCGCCCGGCCGGCUGUGCACCCCCGAGCUCGGUGGGCAGGACGAGGCGUGGCGGGGAGACCAGCUGUCCUCCCAGCUCUACAGGAACAAGCAGCUUCAAGAUACUUUGCUUCAGAAGGAAGAGGAACUUGCUAGGUUACAUGAAGAAAAUAAUAACCUCCGCCAAUACCUGAAUUCUGCCCUGAUUAAAUGCUUAGAAGAAAAAGCCAAGAAAGUGCUAUCCUGCCAUGGCCAAAAAAACUCUGCUAUUCUCAAAAACACCAAAAGGAGAUUAAAAGAGGACUACUGCUUUACUCCUCAAGAAAAUCCUCAUGCUUCCAAAGCCAGAAGGAACCUCUUUAAUGAAUUCACUGCCUGUGAAGAGCAAGCCAGUCCUGCUGUGGACAGCUGGGUCUUGCAGACCUUAGGACUGAAAGAUGUCGACACCAUCGAUGAAUCUUCAGCUAACUACAGUGCCCUGUCCUCAGACCUUGGAAAAGAUUCGUACUGCCUGAGCCCCAAUGAAGCAAUAGACUAUGGCCACAGCAAAGGAGCAGCAGCAGCAUAUAGCUACAGCCACAUGCCUUCAGUUAACAGCAGUGUCCAUCCAUGCAGCACGGACUCUACCUUCCUUCCCCAGUUUCCUUCAGCACCCUGUGUCUCUUCACCAGUGCCAAGUGUUUCCUCCCUCCCAGCCUAUGGGUUGCCAUAUUUGACUAACGAUUUGUCACCUAACAGAACAGAAGUGGCCUUCACAACAUCUCUAAGUCCUCACCGCAAUGUGAGAACACACACCUUCCACCAAGGACAAGCUUUUGUGCGCAGAGAAGAUGAUGGAGGAUGGAGAUUCACCUGGGUGCCCAAGCAGGCUGAAUAA